AUGCACAGCGGUGCUUAUGGGGCCUCUCUGGCCGGUGGUGCCUUUGAUUUUUGGAGCUUUUUGAAACAGCCUCAGACAAUCUUACGCUUCCUGAGCUGGGUAUUUUCCAUUGUGGUUUUUGGUACCAUUACAUCAAAAGGCUACACAAAUACAACCAGAGUGGAACCGAACAACCAUUGCAUGUUCAAUGACAACGACCAUGCUUGUAGUUUCAGCGUGGCGAUUGGGGUGUUGGGCUUCCUGGCUUGUGUUGCCUUCCUGGUACUGGACGCCCACUUUCCAAAUAUCAGCAAUGCCACCGACAGGAAACGCAUCGUCACUGGAGACCUGGCCUUCUCGUCUGUUUGGGCGUUCCUGUGGUUCAUCUGCUUCUGUGUCCUGGCCAACCAGUGGUCCAAAACCGACUCGUCUACAGUCCUAGCUGACGCUGCCAGGGCCAUCAUAACCUUCUCCUUCUUCUCCACCAUCACCUGGGCUCUUCUGUUCUACUUUGCAUACAGAAGGUAUCGUGAGGGAGUGAGUGAGUUUAACCAGGAUUACACAGACCCGGCCCACGACCGCACCACUCCGUACCCACACAGCAGUAGUCAGUACGGCAACAGCGACGCCCCCACGGGCUACCAGCAGUCACCUUUCUCCAACAACCAGGGGAACACAGGGGAUUACCAGCCCCCUGCUUACUGAAGAACUGAGACUUGGGCGUGUCAAUCCCUGAGGGGAGGGCUGGGUUUUUAAAUCAUGUGCACAGUUUUGUUUAGUUCAGAACUCGGGGCUGUCCUCAGCGCCCCCGUUUUAUCUUUCUGCAGAAAUGUUUCCAUAUUCGUGGGCGUACUGAUUUAAAAAUUAAGGAUGCUGCAUCGUCACUGCACAUUUUUUUUUAUUUGACA